AUGCCAUUUGAACAGCCAGCACAAGAUGAUGCUACUGGGGUCCCAAAUGAUGAACUUGAUCCCUCCAUGGAGGAUCAAGGUCAGGAGUCAUCUUCCCAGGUCAGUAUUGAUCCUGCUCCCUCUCCCCACUUCGAUGCUGAGCCUUUGAAUAUGGUGGUGCCUGAGACAAAUCCUGACAGUGAAGAAGACACAAAUGAUUUAGUUUAUGCUAGUUUUAUCAGGGCUAGGACUAAGACAGUGGCAACUUCAGAGCCACCUCCUAAGCAACCCACUUCACGGUUGCAGCAAAAGGAGGCUCUAGAGUUUGCCCUCAAGAAGAGUAAAAAGAGCCGGAGAAGGAGAAGGUUGGUCAAAGAUGGAAAAGUUGUACAAGCAGAGGAUGUUCCUGUAGUGGAUGUGGAUGAGGAAACCAAAGAGGAACCUAGUUCCCUGACCCGCAAGUCUUCUAGGAAGAAGCACUCUCUCUCUCAAUCCGAAAAGCACACCUCUAAGGGUGGUGAGAGUUCAUCCAAGAGUUUUGUUGAUGGUUCUAGUAAAAAGUUGGUAAAAAGUUCUGGUGACAAGACAGUGAAGGAGCGUGGUGACAAGUCAGAUGAGGAAGAAGUGGAGAAAUCUAUGAAAAGAAAGAGGGAUGAUGAUGAUGAUGGUGAUGAUGAGGAACCUGGUUCUGUCAAGAAAGGAAAAGUAAGUGAAACUCUGAGGUCAGAGAAAAGGAAGCCGGGGAAUCAGAAAGUGCCGCGGGGCCGCACAUUUUCCUCUGACAUUCUAGAGAGUGCUGGGAUGAGACAAUUAGUGGAUAUUUGUGAUGCUCAACAGUGGACCAAUUUGUUUACUACUGUGGCUCCUAUAGUGUAUGAGGACGAGGUGCGAAGCUUCUACACCAGCCUCUUCACAGUAGAUGGUGAUCAAAUCUGUGUGUUGGUAAAUGGGGUGGACAUAGUGAUGGACUCUGCCUUAUUGAGGUCAAUUCUGGGUGUUCCUACCGAAGGAGUGUCAUCUGCUCAGGGUGCUUGCACACCAACCUUCAGAAUUGCCAUUGUCAAGGACAAGGCAGUACAUCAUGGGGAACAGGUGUAUAAGAAGGCAGUCCUUCCAGUGUAUCAGCUGCUCUUUGAGAUGGUUAACAAAGUAUUGCUUCCCCGCGCUAAAAGAAGAUCUGUUGCAUCCAAAGCUGAUCUAUUCCUUAUGGAGACUUUGGAUAAUUUCUCCUCCAUCAAUUUGCCUGCCAUAAUGAUUGAGCAUAUGCAGAAGGUAGAGAACCUCAAAGACGGGAAUCCUGGACUGCCUUAUGGGUUCCUUCUCACAAAGGUCUUUGAGUUUUUCAAAGUACCUCUGGGACAGGCCAAAGUGGGCACCAAAAAGCAAUCAUUUUCAAAAACUACUCUGGAUGAGUGUGAGUGUAUUGAUAAAUUCAGAGGAGUUGGAAGUACUUCCACAAUCUUUCAACUGAUAAAUGCUCAGAAUAGUGCCACAAAGGAGAUCCGGAAGUUAAAGGCUAGGAACGCGAUUCUUGAGAGUCAGCUCAGUCAGUUUCAAGAGGUACCUAAUUUCAGUGGUUCUCACAGCGCAGAGGUUGCACGCCUAACAAAGGAGAAUGCUGAACUAAGGAAACAGACUGUGGAUGAAAACAAUGAAUUUGCUCCUGCCUGUAAAAGUCCAAUUCUGGACGACUGCGAAGAAGCUCCAUUAAAGAGGAGGAGAAUAAGGGCUGAUGGGGUACCCAGGAUCGAGGGGCCUUCGAGGGACGAUCCCGUGUUGGCAGUGUCUGAGCCUGCUGGUGAAGCUAAUUAA